AUGAGUGCAGCCGUCUCACUGAUCUCAGACACAGUGUAUAAAGAAAAGCUACAGCAUCUUCCGCUUAAGGCAACAAAAACUGUUCUGAAGAAAUAUACGGGAGAAGCUGUGCCCAUGUUGGGCACUACUGAUGUUAAGGUGGAGCUCAAUGGACAGGCUGCUAAAUUGCCACUGUUUGUGGUGAGAGCCAGAAUUGUGCCAUAUGCCGUCAGGCCAAAAGUUGAAGCAGACCUGAAGCACCUGGUCACAAAUGGAGUCCUAAUACCAGCUACCCAUAGCCCAUGGGCAACUCCUAUCAUUCCAUUAGUGAAGAAAGAUGGCUCUCUCCAGAUUUGCAGUGAUUUUAAAGUCACUGUCAACCCGGUGUUGUGUGCAGAGCAAUACCCACUUCCCUGCAUUGAUGACCUCUUUGCGGGCCUGGCUGAGGGACAAAAGUUCAGUAAGACUGAUCUGAGUCAAGCGUAUUUACAGAUGCACGUCGAUGAAAAGUCCCAAGAGCUGUUGACUAUUGUGACGCAUAAAGGGCUUUAUCGAUACUGUCGCCUACCCUUUGGAAUAAUGUCUGCUCCUGUCUUGUUCCAGAGGGCUAUGGAUCAGAUCUUGUGUGGCUUGCCAGGAGUCCAGUGCUAUUUGGACGACAUCCUGAUCACUGAAAGGAAUGAGGAGGAUCACCUAAAGAAUUUAGAUGCUACCCUACAAAGACUGGAAGAGUAUGGCCUACAAGUCCGCAAAGACAAGUGUGAAGUCUUCCAGCCCUCUGUUGAAUAUUUGGGACACAUCAUUGAUGUUACGGGUCUUCGUAAGGUCCCUGCAAAAGUUAAGGCUAUUGUGGAGGCUCCCCCUCCUCAAAAUGUUAGCCAGCUUCGCUUGUUUCUAGGACUAUUGAACUAUUAUGGAAAGUUCAUCUCGCAGAUAGGCUUCAGUCCACUUCCAGGCCUUGUUUUGCCCAAGGAGUUCAUGAAGUGGUUUUAG